UUUCAAGUCUAAUCUCUCGAUGUAAUAUUCUUGUUCUUUGAGAGUAACACAAAUCGUGAUAGCCGUUUAAAUUCUAAAAUACCGUCGAAAAAUGUCAGAGAAUAAGUUGAAGAAUGUUACGCAUUGUAUUUUUGACAUGGAUGGACUGUUACUCGAUACAGAAGCGCUUUACACAAAAGCCUUCAAUCGCAUUACAAAACGUUAUGGAAAGGAAUUCACAUGGGAGCAUAAAGCAAAGAUAAUGGGCUUUAAAACUAUGGUUGUAGCGCAAGCGGUAGUUGAUAUGUUAUCUUUACCUAUGACAACAGAAGAAUUUGAGAAUGAAAUAGUUAAAAUAUAUCAAGAAUUAUUUCCUACUGCUAAUCUAAUGCCAGGUGCAGAAAGACUUUUAAGACAUUUAAAGGGGAAUAAUAUUCCUAUUGCAUUAGCGACAAGUUCGAAUAAAGAGAAUUUUAAAUUGAAAACUCAAAGAUGGACUGAAGUGUUUAAUUUAUUUCAUCAUAAAGUUCUUGGGAGUUCCGAUCCAGAUGUUGUUAAUGGUAAACCAGCACCAGAUAUUUUCCUGGUGGCUGCAAAGCGUUUUCCUGACAAUCCUGAUCCAUCAAAGUGUCUUGUAUUUGAGGAUGCUCCAAAUGGAGUAAAAGCUGCACUUAGUGCUGGCAUGCAAGUUGUUAUGGUUCCAGAUCCGAUGUUACCAAAAAGCUAUAUUGAAAACCCAACAUUGAUAAUAAACAGUCUUGAGGAGUUUAAGCCUGAAAUGUUUGGUUUACCGCCGUUUAAAGCAUAA